AUUUUUUGUUUACAGUAUUUUCAUGGCCUCCAUCCUGUGACCGUUAAACUCGUGUUUUUAUCUGAGGCGUAGGUCGCACGAAUCAAGAUGGUGGUCCUCACUCUGGCUCUGUUUGUAACGCUUUUAUCGUCUUUGCUCGGCUGCUCGGGGAACACAAACUCUACGGAGAUGAAGCUGUGGAGUUUGGAGGAUCAGCCCAUGGCUGUCCAGCUGGCUGCUGUGUAUAAGGAGAUGGAGAGUCUGAGGUGUGAACAAACAACACUUCAGCAGCAGCAGAGCGCUCUGACUCAGACGCAUAUGACAAGGGAUCAGAGAGGAGGGCAGCAGAAAGUGGCAAGAACAAACAUCCUGACUUAUGGUCCAAAUGAUGAAGAGGAAGAAGAAGAAGAAGAGGAGGACAGCCUUGACUCCUCUGAGGGAGACUCCAGGAGACGAGGUGAUCCGUGCUUCCACUACACCAUCCUGGAUCAGGACUGGAGGGCCACCAACACCACCACCAAGAGCAAGAUGUGUGACCGCAAUGUGAAGUGGAAAGGCUGGUACCGCCUCUACUACAGGGGCAAGAGCCUGCAGAUGCCUGAGAGGUGCGUCCCUGUGGACAAAUGUGGCACCCACGCGCCACUGUGGCUAGCCGGGCCUCACCCAAAAAGGAGGGAUGGAAUCGUCACCCGUAAGGUGUGUGGACACUGGAAGAAGAAGUGCUGCGCUUUUCAGUCCACGCCCAUCAAGGUGAAGAAAUGUCAGGGAAACUACUACGUCUACAAGUUCACUCCGCCAUCAGCCUGCUAUCUGGCCUACUGUGCAGUGUCCUCUAGAAAGAUCCACUUCUUUGUGUCGUACCCCGGCCAGCUCAAGGGCAAAGUGAACCGGAUCAGGUACAGUAAGGUUCUGGUGAACGUGGGCCGAGGCUUCAACAAAAGGACCGGGGUCUUCAGAGCUCCAGUUAAAGGUGUCUAUCAGUUCUUCUUCUCCACCCAGACGGCCAACACGGGUCUGAAGACAGACCUGUGGCUGGUCAUCAACGGUUACUGGGUGGCCGUCUCUCACACCCACGUCUCUCGACCCUCGUCUGUCGGCAGCUUGUCCACCUACAUGACCUUUCUACGCAGAGGGGCUUUAGUCUACGUCACCCACAACUGUGGACACUCCUGGGCCAACGCGGCCUCCACCACCAUCACGUUUGGAGGCUCACUGCUCGCGCAGUUUAGAUGA